CUACAUUAAACUCGAAUUUUAAAUUAAAGCGGGUGAACACCCGCUAGUCGCGCCGGUAAAAACGUUUACUAUACUUGUAUUAUUAUAACCGGAUAGGUUUCAAGUGAGUGCCAUAUGGAAUUAUGUUCUACAUUGAUUCCCAUUAAAACAGCGCGCAUUUCUCUGUCACUUGUCAAGAGGCAGAGAGCGCAGACACAGCCAGGACACGACGUUGAUCACCAGCAGUGGCACAGCACAGGAAGCCGAACAUUGAGGAUAUAUAUUCUAGAUUUUUUUCGGCGUUAAUUAAAAAAACAGUAUUAGAAAGGUUUCAAUCCCACUGGUUUGGUGUCUGGUAGGACUAGGUUAUUCUAGUUGAUGAAAUGACGGUGAGAUGUUAUAUAAAACGAAUAACGGAGAUGAGAUUAUACAGAAUAUAACGUUAGGUUCACUAGAAUCACAUGUGAUACUUCGACCGUACCGAUCAUUAUGGCACAUUAGGCAGCCAGAUAACAUUUACUGGAUUUUUUUAUUGUAAUUUAAAGGUGAUUUUACAGCUACAUCUAAUCUCAGAAAGAUUCAGCUAGCUAGUUUGGUAGGUGUUGUAAAUGCUGGUAUAUCCAGUAGUGUGCAUUUAAUUUAGCUAACCGUAGACGGCUGACAAGCUAGCUAAAAUGAUGAGGUAGUAUGCGUAGAAUAAUGCCCAACAUUCUGAACAAUGUUUACUGGAUCAUAGAAUAUAUGUAAUAUUACAAUAUAGAUAGCUAAUUACGUUGGCUAUUAAAUAAAUCGACCCGGCUAUUACCCUUGGUUUUUGUGGGCCUAUAUUCCAAUCUGACAUAAAUUGUCACCUAUGCGAAAUGGGCCCACAUCUUAAAUUAGAAAACAAAGAAUUAGGCAGGCUACUUGAGAGAUUAAGCUGAUUACAGUUUUCCGCGUUUUUGGGAUAGCUGCUGGCUAGCUAGUUUGGAAGUGUAGGAGCUUGCCGCUCUGUGUUCCUAAAUCAGGGUCAGUUUUCUAAAUCGACUUUUUCAGUGCCGCCACAAUGGACAGUCAUACCGGGGACGACAUGAGUGUCGGGGAGGUGGAACCCAUGCCUGGCUAUGCGGAUCUCAUAACGAGAGCAUCAACAGUGAUGCCCAGUGCCUUGAGAGGCUGUAGCACUUGCGGUCUAGAGCUCUCCAAAAGCACGCUCCUGGAUAACGCUUAUAUUACCUGGACCGAAAUCGGCCUUUUCUUCAUCUGCGCGGUUAUGUGGACGCAGAUACGACGGGGACUAACAGAAUGUCUGUUCCAGCCGUUUGCACAAUGGUGUAGUCUCCAGCCCAAAGAUUCUGCCAAGAUGCCAGAGAGCUCGUGGAAGCUGGUCUUCUACACCAUGUCCUGGUCGUACAGCACCUACCUGCUCUUCUUCACCAACUACACCUUCUUCCACGACCCGCCCUCCGUAUUCUAUGAAUGGAAGCGUGGCAUGACAGUGCCCACGGACAUCGCCAUCGCCUACCUGAUCCAGGGCAGCUUCUACGGACACUCCAUCUAUGCCACGGUCUACAUGGAUGCCUGGAGGAAGGAUUCUACCGUCAUGGUGGUGCACCACGUCAUCACCCUGGCCCUCAUCACCUUCUCCUACGCUUUCAGAUUCCACAACAUUGGGUUGCUGGUGUUGUUCCUCCACGACAUCAAUGACAUCCAGCUGGAGUUCACCAAGCUCAAUGUAUACUUCAAGACCCGUGGAGGGGGCUACUACCUCAUCAACGACAUCCUGUCCAACAUGGGCUCUGUCAGCUUCAGCAUCACCUGGUUUUGGUUUCGUCUCUACUGGUUCCCUCUGAAGGUUCUGUACGCCACCUGUGUGUCCAGCCUCCAGUCCGUCCCAAACAUACCCUUCUACUUCUUCUUCAACUCACUCCUCUUGACACUCCUCUGCAUGAAUAUCUACUGGUUUUUGUAUAUAGUGGCAUUUGUGGCGAAAGUCCUGACGGGGCAGAUGAAGGAUGUAAAAGACCUGAGGGAGUACGAGGGUGAGGAGGGAGCCCAGAGGGCCGCAACCCUGCUUAAGGCCCAGCAGCAGAGUAAAGAUGCAGGACAUCUCAACAAUUCUGCUGAAACUCAACUCAACAACUCUACUGAAGGGAAGCACUUGCAGAACGGGAUCACCAAGGAGAAGCAUCUAUAAUGGCCUCUCUAGCUCUAUCUCCUGGCACUUAACUCUGAAUGCAAGUAACCUACAUUUAGGUCUAAGUGAAUCGCAAAAAGGUAAAAAAAUAUCAAAUUAGAAAAGUGAUAAUUUUUCAUUCUGUUUUGUCAUUGUUUUAUUAUAUCACGGUGAAUGCUAUUUCAGGUGACCUUUGUCUUAUUAACAUUAAAUUUGAAGAAAAAGAAAGGUGUGAGUUAUGUGAAUGUCCUCUCGUGUAUUCUACAGGGGCAUUUAGAAGUUGUGUCAGCUCUAACAAACAUAAGACAAGGUUGAGCUAUUGAUUUUUAAACGUCUAGACCUAUAAAAAAAAAUAACAUGCAUACGUUGGAGGACAGGGCUCUAUUCAGUCUGUCACUGAAGCAUUACAGAUUGCGAUAUAAAAAUGUAAAGGUCAUUUUUAAUUGAGCCUACAUGCAGAGUUUACCGUGAAUGCACUCUGCUAACGUGGAAACGUUGCCUUUAAAUUUAAUCACAAUGUAAUGAUGAACUUCUGCAAUACGGAUAGAUUAGGGCCCUAAAGCACUCACACAGUCACCAUGUCAAAGGUCCUCUCUAGUAUAGUAUCAGGUGUCAGGUACGACCCAAGUGCAGACUGUGUAGAAGUAACAAUGUUUAGUGUAACGGGCAGGCAAACGACAGGUCAAGGCAGGCAGGGGUUGAUAAUCCAGAGUAGUGGGGCCAAGGUACAGGACGGCAGGCAGGCUCAGACAGAAGGUCUGUAAUCCAGAGUAGGGGCAAAGGUAUAGGACAGGAGGCAUUCAGAGUGGUCAGGCAGUUAGGCUCGGAGACAGGACAGUCAGGGGUCAAAACCAGGUGAGCGAGAAAAGAGAGACUGGAAACAGCAGGAGCUGAGCCCCAAACCACUGGUAGGCUUGCUCAAAUAAGACAAACUGGCAAAGACAGACAGAAAACACAAGUGUAAAUACCCAGGGGAUAAGUGUGAAAGAUGGGUGACACCUGUAGGGCGGUGGCGACAAGCACAAGGACAGGUGAAACAGAUCAGUGUGUGACAUGGAGAGAACUGCAUCUGCGUUUUUAAAGAUCCUUCCUCUAAAAGCUUUUUAAAGUUUAUACCCCCUAUUAUUUCAGGAGUGAAGGCUAAAAUACUAAAGGGAACUAUUGCAUCAUGUCACCAUUGUGGGUGAGAGGUUGCAUGUAAGGGUCUGGUUUUGUUUUCCAAACAUGUAUUCAUUUUCUUAUCAUUGCACAGGUCGAUAGUGACCACAUAUACAUUUCCUCAGCCUGACCUGCAAUAUUUGAAGAGCCACUUCGGUGUAGUAUUGAUGUCUUUUAAAUGUGAAUGACUUGUGAACCAAUUUUAUUUUUUAUUUUUUUUGCUGUCAUUUGAUAGGCAUUAGAAAUAUUGCUUGCAUUCCUGUAUGGAAAAUGCAUUGUCACAUUUUCUGUUUUUAGCUUCUGUUGUCACACUGAAAUGAAGGCAUACAAGCUGAUAGCUGGUUAAUGACAGCUGAUGUAGCUGAACUUGGUUGACUGGGUUCAAUAUCAUCCUUAUGAUUUUGGUAAAGAUAUGGAUUAGAAUAAUAAUCAAUAUGGUGGUGGUUGUCAGGUUCACAGAAAAAUUUAAGCAAAUGGCCUUUACUUGUGUAAAAGAAGAUACAAAUCAAAUGUGAAAAACAUAUGCAGAUAUGGUAUUCAGGAAUGCAUGACAUUGCAAUGGUUUUGGAAUAUGCCAUGAAGUCAUAAGCAAAAACCACAAAUUAAGAAAACUACAAACUAUGUAAUCUUAACCUUUAUCAAUGUGCUGAACUGACCUUAAAAAAGUUAAGUAAUUAGAGCCGACCGUCACACACUCCAAAUGGUUCUGUCCUUACAUUUGAAUGUGCCACUGGUUGUGUGUGCAUGUGUUCCGCAACUCUCCAGUUUUUCUCUUUGCUGUGCCUGUGACAUAAGGGGUGCUGUCCUUUUCGAUCAAAUUCAACCUCUUUUUGUUUUGAUGAACAGUAUGCUUGUGCUGGAACAGGCCACAGAUGUCGGCAGGUAGAAGUGUCCGUAGUUGUGGAUGUGUCUUCCAGUCCCCAGCCCUAGCUACCACUAGUGCCAGUGCCUGGGAUUACCUAGAUUUUGAUAUUACAUGCAAUUAUCAUUAUAGAUUUUUUUUUUGUUUAAUUGCUGUUUCUGAAAACACUGUAAUCCAGUCGUGUCCCUUUUCCUGUGUAUGCGUUGGUUAAUGGCUUGUGCCCAGCCAUCUACCAUGGUACUGUCCACAAAGGUGUGCACACUUUCCCUCCAUCUCUGUCCAGCUCUCUCCUGGUCUGUCUGUCCUCUCCACCACAGACAACCACCAACAACCAGAUUGGCUUUGUGAGGUGAAACUACUCACAGCAAAUUCCCUCUUUUCAAGAAACAGUAUACUCCCCUUUCCCCCCCAAAGAAAAUACAUUUGUGUCAGAAAGACUAAGGUUAUAGAGUAGUAAUCACUUUUGUAAGUUUUAUUUUGAGGCAGAUCUGGCAGUUUUUUGUAAUAAGCAUUAAAUAUAUAGAAGCCCAUCAGUUCAGAAUGAAAAUGUGGAAGAAUAAUGAUUCUAUGCGUUGCAUUAAUACUUUAAGAAUGUGCCAAAAAUGUUGAUCUUUAUCACAAGAAGUGUUCUGAUGAGAGGCCUGGCCUGGACCUGGGUGGCUAGAAAGAGCUGUUAUAAUGGAUAUGAAGAGGGUAUGCCUCGCAGGUGUUUCUUACAAAUUGCACUGUCAUUUAUUGCUGUUUUUUUGAUCAUCAUAAAAUAGGAAUGCAGGUAGAUUUGGGAUUUUUUACAAAUUUCUGGACGUUAAGAAUCAAAUGAGGUAUGAAGUGAAAUAGUUAAUUGGUUUUAGGUAGAUAUUUCUUUGACCACUGACACACUGCAAGGUCUCUACCAUCAGCCCCAAGUUUCAAUUUGACCACUGACACACUGCAAGGUCUCUACCAUCAGCCCCAAGUUUCAAUUUGACCACUGACACACUGCAAGGUCUCUACCAUCAGCCCCAAGUUUCAAUUUGACCACUGACACACUGCAAGGUCUCUACCAUCAGCCCCAAGUUUCAAUUUGACCACUGACACACUGCAAGGUCUCUACCAUCAGCCCCAAGUUUCAAUUUGACCACUGACACACUGCAAGGUCUCUACCAUCAGCCCCAAGUUUCAAUCUGACCACUGACACACUGCAAGGUCUCUACCAUCAGCCCCAAGUUUCAAUUUGACCACUUUGGUAUGACAGGUACUGACUUGUAAUAAAACAAUGUUAAUAAUUCCAUUCAACCAGUGUUAUUGUAUCAUGUUUUCCCAUAAAAUAAAAUGUGUUCAUUUGAAAAAGAAACUGAC